AUGGCUACUACACUCCCAUUUCUAUCGAAAUCUGCCGAAACAAACACUGACAUCAAAAGCGUCUGUGUAUUUUGUGGGUCUGGCAGUGGAGCUGAUCCUCUCUACGAGCAAGAAGCAUAUGAACUCGGGAAAGUUUUGGCAAAAAACAACAUUCGUUUAGUCUAUGGUGGUGGAUCCGUAGGUUUGAUGGGCGCUGUUGCCAAGGGAACACUUGACAAUGGUGGGAAGGCUAUUGGUAUCGUACCUGAGCCUCUUUAUCGUCAUGGCAGUAAGCAAUUGUGUGAGACUGUGAUUGUACCUGAUAUGCACGCUCGCAAGAAGCGUAUGGAAGAGGAAUGUAAUGCUUUUGUGUGCUUGCCUGGUGGCUUUGGAUCCUUUGAAGAAGUUCUUGAAAUUAUUACCUGGUCUCAGCUCAAUGUUCAUUCCAAACCCAUCGUAUUACUGAACACCAAAGGCUUCUACAAAUUGUUUGUCGAUUUCAUCAACUUUUCAGCGCAAGAAAAAUUCAUCCAUGCAACAAAUGUCAACAUUUUUUCAGUGUGCUCCGAAGCAAAGGACAUCAUGGAGGCAAUAAAAUCUUAUAGAGCUCCAGAAACUCGUUACAAUCUCGAUUGGUCAAAGAGCGAAAGAAAGUCGUUAGCCUAA